AUACAUUUCCAUGUGGAGCUACUCUUGUCUGGAAACAGGAAGGAUCUGACUGAAAAACUAGUGAACAAGAGGUUUUGCAGUAGUUAGUCUUCUCUCUGACAACAUGUGUACUGGAAAAUGCUCCCGUUGCAUUGCUGUUACUCUGUACCCGUUAGCGGUCAUUUCCAUCAUCUGUAACAUUGUGUUGUUCUUUCCUGGUGGGGACGUCAAGUACGCCAAAGAUGGACAUAUUACAGAGGAGGUGAAAUACAUGGGGGGACUCGUUGGAGGGGGUUUAAUGGUGUUGUUGCCAGCACUCUACAUCCACUUAACUGGAAAACAGGGCUGCUGCGGAAAUCGCUGUGGGAUGUUCUUGUCCAUUGCUUUCGCUGCAGUGGGUGUGGCUGGUGCCCUGUACAGUUUCAUCGUGGCAGUUCUCGGUUUGCAAAACGGACCCCUCUGCAAAGUCCUUCUGAUUUGGACAACACCUUUUAAAAACAGCGACCACAGUUACCUGACCGACAACACAUGGUGGGGAAGAUGCACAGAGCCUAAGAACAUUGUGCAGUUUAACAUUGGCCUGUUCGCUACUCUGCUGGCCACAAGCUGUCUGCAGCUCAUUCUCUGUGCCAUUCAGAUGAUCAACGGGCUCUUUGGCUGCUUGUGUGGCACCUGCAACAACAAAGGGCCACUGUGAGCUCCUGGCAGUUGACUGGCGCUCCCUGCUGGACGACUGAGGAGUCUUCCCAGCUGCAUCUGCAUAAAAUAUUCACUUGGAAAUUGCAGUUGUGCCUAUUUGACAAUAGAUUUUUAUAUAUUUUGUGUGUAUGUCAUAGGGCUUCAUGGUGUUAAGUUAACCAACACAAAAAUCAUAAAUACACGGCAGUGUAAUGUGUUU